CCGUCAGGUAACAUUACCAUUUCCGCGAUCGAAUCGGGAUCCUCCCGAAGCUCAAGCCACUUUGCGCCCCAGGCUUGCAGGCAAUUUGGUUCGUUCCAGACCUUCGGCUCAAGGUCGUUUGAAAGUCGGAAUCGUCGAUUACGUCGCCGACCGCAGCGCAACAGUCCACCACAGCCAAAAUGCCGAGCUCAUGUAAAGAUAUACGAGCCGCGCUGGCGGAAUGCCUGCAAGAAUCCGAAUGCGUGAUGGUGCAGCGGCACUCGGCCGCUGAGUGCAUGCGCGAGCCCCUCCUCAGCACCCUCCCUCUCAAGUGCCAGCAGCUCAAGAAGGGCUUCGGCGAGUGCCGCCGCGGCAUGGUCGACAUGCGCAAGCGCUUCCGCGGGAACCAGCCCGUCGCCUUCCGAAAGCUCGAGCAGACCGAUAAGACGGGCGAGGGAUACCAGCUGUACGCCGGCAAGUCGGCAUUUGCGGGCACCCGCGGCGAGACGGAUGGCAACGAGAAAGAGCCGCAGGACUGGAGGGAGGCCGAGAACGAGAAAUACAGAGCUGCCGCUGCGGCCGCCGCGGCGGACAAGUCAUCAAAGUCAUGACGAGCGAGAAUUCGCGCCAUCUAAUGCACUGUACGAUAAUGUGCCACCUUUCGAAGGGCGUCAUUGGAGGUGGGGGCAUAGGAGGCAUUUGGGGUUUUAGGAAGGCAGCUUUGAGUCCAUGCCCUACUUGAAGAGUUAUACUGUGGUGAGAGUCCACCGGUGAUCACACCAGGGUAUACACCUACAUACCUCCAUACCAAAUCGUCGAGCCCCGGUCCUUUCCGGUUCCUUCUCCGAGCCCGGUAGGAGGCAGGCGGAAACCAAGAGCAACCAUCUAUGAAGUAUGGGCUUCCCCAACACCGAGAAUCGGGAGCAACAACGAUGAGCCGACAAUCUUGUUUCUGGCUAAAAUAACAUUACCGAACUAAGAUGAACCGAUGCCGCCUCGCAACUUAACCAAACUAAUACGCCAUCCAUCUGC